GUUUAUUUUUAAUUCUCGUCUCUUUUUUUGGAUUAUUUUUUUCUCUCCCUUUCCAUCUUGACAUUCACGCCCCCUCAUCUCCACACCCUCUCCUUUCGGCUUCUGCUUCGGUGUAUCAAGGAGACGCUACUGGACCUUGUCAGCUGUUUCGACGUAGGUAAGGCGCAUGGAAGUAACGCGAAUGGAGGAAAUAAGAGGGGAAAGGGGUCAGAGAAUGGGAAAAGGGCAGAGAGAGGGUUAUGUUAUGUAUGGGAACGUGGUACGCGACACCCCUGGAUUUGGAAUGGAUUUAGAAGACCGUCUGCGGCAUAGGCAGGCGAGGCAAGGCAAGGCGAGCGAACAGGGUCAAGGUAGGUGGUCCCGACGGCAGCGUCCUUCGGGCAGACCCCCAAUCGCGGGCCGUCCGGGGUCUCGGUCGGGGGGGUCAAGUGUGGGUUUGACAUGGUUUUUUUCUUUGGCUUUUUCUGCUUUGCUGGGUCUUUGGGUCUUUGCCGGGUUUGUCUGGCUAGGGGUCUGUAUUGUACAGAUACGCUGGGAUGUGACAGGUCACAUAUCAUAUUUCCUUUUUUUUCCUUUCCCCUUCUUUUUUCCCCCCCUUCCACCUAUUCCCUGAACCCUGACACGCUGUCCCUCUCUCUCGGAACCGUAUUUUCUCUCAACCGUUUUAAUUUAUUAUUAUGGG